AUGCACGACGCGAAGUCUGUUACAGACCGAGUUGAAGACCAUGAGCUUCACAGGCCAAAGGAUCCGCAAGAUGGAAUCAUUCACUACCCAGAUUGCCUUCAAGGACUGUCCGAGAUGGAAGUCAGAAAACUCGGGAACAGAACAACGAUGAAGAUGGAUCUUGUCGUCAUGCCCGCCCUGGUCAUCAUGUACAUUUUAAACUAUCUUGACAGACAGAACAUCGCUGCGGCCAAACUAGCGGGAAUCAAUGAGGAUCUAGGUCUCUCCAUCACCCAAUACAACACUGUCGUCAGCAUCCUGUUCGUUGGGUAUAUCCUUAUGCAGGUCCCUUCCAACCUCGUCGUGAGCAAAAUCAAGUGGCCGGGACUUUACAUCUGCGCCGCUGUAGCUUUGUGGGGAAUAGUGUCGGCGUGCACCGCAGUCGUCCACAGCUUUGGAGGUCUUCUGGCCUGUCGCUUUAUGUUAGGUCUCGUAGAAGCGGCAUUCUUCCCCGGGGCAUUCUACUACCUUAGCAUGUUCUACAAUCGCCGCCAGAUCGCUUUCCGUACGGCCAUCCUAUACAGCGGAAGCCAGCUGGGAAAUGCUUUCGGUACGCUACUUGCAAUCGGAAUUACGGAGCUUGAUGGCAAGCAUGGUUUCGCAGGUUGGCGGUGGCUCUUCCUCAUCGAGGGCGUUGCCACUGUCGGAUUCGCUCUAAUCUUCGCAACCUACCUCCCCAAUUCGCCAAGCAAUAUUGUUGGAAUGAGCGAUCUUGAACAUGAGUGGUUGCGAUGGAACUAUCAGAGUGACCAGAAGCAAGAGGAUAAUGCGUCUGAGGUUACGGCGAAACAGGGGUUUCUCAUGGCGUUUUACGAUCCGAAGACGUGGCUGAUGAUGGGAACGCUCUAUGCCACGUACACGGCCGCUGCAGUGAACAACUUCUUUCCCACUGUGGUUGAUGGUUUAGGAUUCACCCGCAAUGCAUCAUAUGGUCUCACCGCCCCGCCAUUUAUACUCUGCGUGAUUUGCAUGCUUAUCGUUGGCUUCGAUAGCGACAAGAGAAAAGAGCGAUACCUGCACAUCGUGCUCCCACUCACCAUCACAGUAGUAGCAAACAUCAUCGCGGUAUCCUCACUCAACGUUGCAGCUCGCUACUUUGCAAUGAUGCUCAUGCCAGCCUCCUUCUACUCCUCUUCCAUUGUCCAACUUUCCUGGAUCUCCAGCAGUCUGUCCCAGCCUGCAGUCAAACGCGCCGCGUCAAUCGCAUUGAUCAAUUGCAUUUGCAAUACGCCGAACAUAUGGACUGCAUAUCUUUACUAUGAUUCUCCACGCUAUGUGGCUGCUUUUGCGGUUAAUCUCGGCGCUGCAGUCGUUGCGAUUGGUAUGGCGACUGUGAGUUUCCUGUAUUUGCGUCGACAAAAUUCGAAAUUGGACCGAGGGGAGGAGAUGGGGAAGAGUGGUCCCACUUUGCGGCAGCAGGCUGCUGGGUUCAGAUAUAUGCUGUAG